AUGACAACAACAACAACAGCGGCAACAACAACAACAAAAUCAUCAAAAUUAUUAUUAUCAACAUCAUCAUCAUCAUCGAUUAUUCAAUCAAAAUCAGAACCAGAACCAGAAUCAGAAUUAUUAACAAAACAAACAUCAUCAACAUCAACAGCAACAACCAAAGAUUAUUGGCUAAGCAUACCUAAAAUUACAAAUGCUUUUCAGAUAAUCAAACAUUGGGCCAAAAAUAAUAAUAAUAAUAAUAAUAAUAAUAAUGGUAAUGGUAAUAAUAAUAUAAUGGGUAGUCAUGAUUCAUUUUUAGAAAAAUUUGCUAUGCCACAUACAAAUUUAAAUGAUGAUGAUAAUCAUACAAUGAUUAAUGUAUCA